AUGGCCAGUCUGGAACAAACACAGCUUUACGAUCUCCUGGAAACGCAGCAAGUACCGCGAUGCUUCUCCCGAUUUCCAGCUGGCGUGAACAUUGCAGCCAAGCAUGUAGAAAACGCCCUCGCAAAAAUCGCUCUCCAAGCAUCUCAGGAUGGAUCUCGCGAGAGGCGACGUGCUUUGAUCAGACACUCCAACCCGUAUGGCAACGCCUUCGCUGUGUGCCAUUGUUCUGCGGAUCCUGAGAGACUGGAAGUCAUAGCCAGUCUGAUUGAAGUUAUGUGGAUUCACGACGAUGUUACAGAAGAGAUGGAACACUCCUCAGAGUGCAGGCAACACGCUAUUCUUAGCAGAGUAGUCCAAGUCGAUAUUGAUGGAGCGAACUUUCCAGCGGAGAACAUUCGACAGAAGACACUGGCAGUAUUGUUACGAAAGGCCAUCGACAUGGACGCAAAGCAAGCCGUCAAGAUGGUGGAGACGCUGCAGAUCUAUCUCCGCUCGUUCGACAGUCGUGACGACGAUUUCGAUAGCGUGCAAGAAUACAUGCCUUACCGAGUCUCUAACUGCGGCUAUUGGAUCUCGUCCUACUUCAUUCGAUGGGGUAUGGGCAUUGAAUUGAGUCAAGAAGACUAUCAAUCUAUUGAGUCAUUCGACAUAGCCAUGGGCAACGUGCUAGGUUUGACGAACGACUACUUCAGUUGGAAUGUCGAGAAAGACCAGCCAACCGACCGCAUCAGGAAUGCCGUGAGAGUGUUGAUGAAAGAACAUGGCAUCGAAUCUGGCGCGGCGCAGAUGAUGCUACUGGGAAUUAUUAUCGAGGAGGAGUCGAGAGCUGCAACACUCAAGCAAGACCGUCUCAAGUCGUCCGUCUCUGAGGAACUCCGUCGGUACUUUGAGGCGAUUGAGCUCUACGUUGGAGGAAGUUGUUAUUGGCACGCAACAGCCCCUCGAUAUCAGAUUUUCGAAUGA